AUGCCUCCUCGUUUCCACUCCCUCCCGCCCGAGAUCCAGGACAUGAUCCUCCAAUACGUCUCCCGAGAACCCUCAACCGCCCCCUACGCCGUGGUCUGCAAGUCAUGGCAGGAUUUCUUCGAGCGCAAGAAUUUCAGGUCGUUAGCUAUCGCCAAAGAUGACCUGAGCGGCCUCAGACGAUACCUGGUACCACGACGCCAAGGUUUCGUCAAGCACAUAUGGUAUCGAAUAUGUCUUCCCAAUUCCAAUCCUAGGAAUAGAACCACAAUCAAGAGGGUCGAGAAGCCCAAAGUAACAUUCCGUGCAGAUAGGGUGUUUACUUGGUCUCUGCUUGGACUCUGGGACAUCAUCUCUUUAUGGAACUCAGAGAAUAGAAUCACCCUUGAGCUAAGUGUAUUCGCAUAUGAUGAUUGGUCUAGUAAAAUGCGGCAAGAUCGUAUCUUUGAACGGGAUUUCGACGCAUACAAGGCCCACAAGGAGUCAGAGUCAAGAGGACCUUACCAUUACGACAAUCCUCAUGCACCCUACGUUAGACAUUAUAACAUAUUAGGUUUGCCUAACGCGGGCUGGAGGUUACGGGCUGAGUGGAACGCCGAGCAGCGAGACCUCAUAGGUUGGAAGGACAUUGAACUCACCACGGCAAACCGCGCAAGCGAAAGGCCAUACUUCAAAGAGGAGGACGCCAUACUCCCUCGCGUCCCUAUUGUUUCCAAGUUUCUGAUCCGCAACACCCAGUUCCGUCGAAUUUCUCCGGAGACUAUGAGUCUGAUGUUCAAAAGCUUCGUGAACCUCGAAGAUAUCACGACCCAUCGAUGGGCCUCAGUUGGCGCCGACCAAGAGACAGAUUGGACCCGAUAUGCCGCUAAAGCUUUUGCCGAGUAUCUCCCAGCCUCAGUCAAGACACUGUCCAUCAACGGCCAGAAAUCCACGGCGUUCCAUGAUUGGACUUCAUGCGAUGUCAAACUGAGAGAUGUAUUGGGCAAACGGCUCCGCCAAUACUCCAAGAACCUAGAGCACAUGUCUGUAGUGGACAUCAUCGAUGCCACAGACUUUCUCCAUAUCUUUAUUCUCUUCAAAUGUGAUGCGGACUUGAACGCAAUGACAAUCUGGCCCCAUCUCAAGACACUUACACUGUCCACAAAUUUAUUCCAGUCGCAUUGUCGACGAAGUAUAGAACGAUUGCUCUGCUGCGCAGCGAGAGCAGCACGAAAGAUGCCCAAGCUUCAAACGUUCAAAAUCAGGAGCGACAGUGACCCGCAAUGCUUAUUCCAGUACAAUAUAGUCCAAGCUAGAGCAGAGAUAACGUGGUCGGGGCCAGUCGUCGAUGGUACCAAAAUUAUGAAGCAGUGGGAGAAGACAUCUGCUUGGAGAAACAAUGUUGGCGUAGUGAAUGACUUCUGA